CGGGCCCGGGUGCGGCUGAGGGGCCGGGCAGGGAGGGUGGGGUGGUGGUGGUGCUCCGGGUGACAGCGGUCAAUAAUGAAGGUGGCUGCGGCGUGGCGGCCGGCUCAGCUGCGCCGGGCGGGGGCGGCGCCGGGGCCGCGCCUGUAGGACCUCAGGGCCGGCGCGGCGAGAUGGGGACCCGGCGCGGGGAGUGAGGUGGCGGCGGCGGCGAGCGGAACUUCAGCCAGAGGGGCACUCCCGCUUCCCCCUCUGGCUCGUCAGCUUCCACCUGCAGCCCCUCGGCCCCCGCGUGCCGCGGGACCGGGACGGCGACGGCGGGGGCAUGUGGCGCUGGGUUCGGCAGCAGCUGGGUUUUGACCCACCACAUCAAAGUGACACAAGGACUAUUUACAUAGCCAACAGGUUUCCUCAGAAUGGCCUUUACACACCUCAGAAAUUUAUAGAUAACCGGAUCAUUUCAUCUAAGUAUACUGUGUGGAAUUUUGUUCCAAAAAAUUUAUUUGAACAAUUCAGAAGAGUGGCAAACUUUUAUUUUCUUAUUAUAUUUUUGGUUCAGCUUAUGAUUGAUACACCUACCAGUCCAAUUACCAGUGGACUUCCAUUAUUCUUUGUGAUAACAGUAACCGCCAUAAAGCAGGGAUAUGAAGAUUGGUUACGACAUAACUCAGAUAAUGAAGUAAAUGGAGCUCCUGUUUAUGUUGUUCGAAGUGGUGGCCUUGUAAAAACUAGAUCAAAAAACAUUCGGGUGGGUGAUAUUGUUCGAAUAGCCAAAGAUGAAAUUUUCCCUGCAGAUUUGGUGCUUCUGUCCUCAGAUCGGCUUGAUGGUUCUUGUCACGUUACAACUGCUAGUUUGGAUGGAGAAACUAACCUGAAGACACACGUGGCAGUUCCAGAAACAGCAGUAUUACAAACAGUUGCCAGUUUGGACACUCUUGUAGCUGUGAUAGAAUGUCAGCAACCAGAAGCAGACUUGUACAGAUUCAUGGGAAGAAUGAUAAUAACUCAGCAAAUGGAAGAAAUUGUAAGGCCUCUGGGGCCAGAGAGUCUCUUGCUUCGUGGAGCCAGGUUAAAAAAUACAAAGGAAAUUUUUGGUGUUGCUAUAUACACUGGAAUGGAAACAAAGAUGGCAUUAAAUUACAAGAGCAAGUCACAGAAACGAUCUGCAGUAGAAAAGUCAAUGAAUACAUUUUUGAUAAUUUAUCUAAUAAUCCUUAUUUCUGAAGCCAUCAUCAGUACUAUCUUGAAAUAUACAUGGCAAGCUGAAGAAAAAUGGGAUGAACCUUGGUAUAACCAAAAAACAGAACAUCAAAGAAAUAGUAGUAAGAUUCUGAGAUUCAUUUCAGACUUCCUUGCCUUUUUGGUACUCUACAAUUUCAUCAUUCCAAUUUCAUUAUAUGUGACAGUCGAAAUGCAAAAAUUUCUUGGAUCAUUUUUUAUUGGCUGGGAUCUUGAUCUCUAUCAUGAAGAAUCAGGCCAGAAAGCUCAAGUCAAUACUUCUGAUCUGAAUGAAGAGCUUGGACAGGUGGAAUAUGUGUUUACAGAUAAAACUGGCACAUUGACAGAAAAUGAGAUGCAGUUUCGGGAGUGUUCAAUUAAUGGCAUAAAAUACCAAGAAAUCAAUGGUAGACUUGUCUCUGAAGGACCAACACCAGACUCUUCAGACGGAAACUUAUCUUAUCUUAAUAGUUUAUCCCAUCUUAACAACUUAUCCCAUCUUACAACUAGUUCUUCUUUUAGGACCAGUCCUGAAAAUGAAACUGAGCUAAUUAAAGAACAUGAUCUCUUCUUUAAAGCAGUCAGUCUCUGUCACACUGUACAGAUUAGCAACGUUCAGACUGAUGGCAUUGGUGAUGGUCCCUGGCAAUCCAACCUUGCACCCUCCCAGUUGGAGUACUAUGCAUCUUCACCAGAUGAAAAAGCUCUAGUGGAAGCUGCUGCAAGAAUUGGCAUUGUAUUUAUUGGCAAUUCUGAAGAAACUAUGGAAGUUAAAACACUUGGAAAACUGGAACGGUACAAACUGCUUCAUAUUCUCGAAUUUGACUCAGAUCGUAGGAGAAUGAGUGUGAUUGUUCAGGCACCUUCAGGUGAGAAGUUUUUAUUUGCUAAAGGAGCUGAAUCAUCAAUUCUUCCUAAUUGUGUAGGUGGAGAAAUAGAAAAAACCAGAAUUCAUGUAGAUGAAUUUGCUUUGAAAGGGCUAAGAACCCUGUGUAUGGCCUAUAAACAGUUGACAUCUAAAGAGUAUGAGGAAAUAGAUAGACGUCUCUUUGAAGCCAGAACUGCCUUGCAACAACGGGAAGAGAAAUUGGCAGAUGUCUUCCAAUUCAUAGAGAAAAAUCUGAUAUUACUUGGAGCUACAGCAGUGGAAGACAGGCUACAAGAUAGAGUUCGAGAAACUAUUGAGGGAUUAAGAAUGGCUGGUAUCAAAGUAUGGGUACUAACCGGAGAUAAACAUGAAACAGCUGUUAGUGUGAGUUUAUCAUGUGGACAUUUUCACAGAACCAUGAACAUCCUUGAACUUAUAAACCAGAAAUCAGACAGUCAAUGUGCUGAACAAUUGAGGCAGCUUGCCCGAAGAAUUAAAGAGGAUCAUGUGAUUCAGCAUGGGCUGGUGGUAGAUGGGACUAGCCUGUCUCUUGCACUCAGGGAGCAUGAAAAACUAUUUAUGGAAGUUUGCAGAAAUUGUUCAGCUGUACUGUGCUGUCGUAUGGCACCACUGCAAAAAGCAAAGGUAAUAAGACUGAUAAAAAUCUCACCUGAGAAACCUAUAACAUUGGCUGUUGGUGAUGGUGCUAAUGAUGUAAGCAUGAUACAAGAAGCACAUGUUGGCAUAGGAAUCAUGGGUAAAGAAGGAAGACAAGCUGCAAGAAACAGUGACUAUGCAAUAGCUAGAUUUAAAUUCCUCUCCAAAUUGCUUUUUGUUCAUGGUCAUUUUUAUUAUAUUAGAAUAGCUACCCUUGUACAGUAUUUUUUUUAUAAGAAUGUGUGCUUUAUCACACCCCAAUUUUUAUAUCAGUUCUACUGUUUGUUUUCUCAACAAACACUGUAUGACAGCGUGUACCUGACUUUAUACAAUAUUUGUUUUACUUCCCUACCUAUACUGGUAUAUAGUCUGUUGGAACAGCAUAUAGACCCUCACGUACUACAGAGCAAGCCUACCCUCUAUCGAGACAUUAGUAAAAACCGUCAACUAAGCAUUAAAACAUUUCUUUAUUGGACCAUCCUGGGUUUCAGUCAUGCCUUUAUUUUCUUUUUUGGAUCCUAUUUUCUAAUUGGAAAAGAUAUAUCUCUGCUUGGAAAUGGCCAGAUGUUUGGAAACUGGACAUUUGGCACCUUGGUUUUCACAGUCAUGGUUAUUACAGUCACAGUCAAGAUGGCUUUGGAAACUCAUUUUUGGACCUGGAUCAACCAUCUUGUUACCUGGGGAUCUAUUAUAUUCUAUUUUGUAUUUUCUUUGUUUUAUGGAGGGAUUCUCUGGCCAUUUUUGGGCUCCCAGAAUAUGUACUUUGUAUUUAUUCAGCUCCUAUCAAGUGGUUCUGCUUGGUUUGCCAUAAUACUUAUGGUUGUUACAUGUCUACUACUUGAUAUUGUGAAGAAAGUAUUUGAACGACAGCUCCAUCCUACAAAUACUGAAAAGGCACAGCUUAUUAAAGCAAAUUCAAGUAUCAAGUGCUUGGACUCCAUGUGCUGUUUCUCAGAAGGAGAAACAGCGUGCGCAUCUGUUGGAAGAAUGCUGGAACGAGUAGUAGGAAGAUGUAGUCCGACCCAUGUCAGCAGGUCCUGGUGAGCCAAACUUUUCUCUUAUUGUUACUUUAGAUCAUGGAGUGCAUCGGAUCCUUUCUAUACCAACGACAGGAGCAUCUUGACUCUCUCCACAAUGGACUCCUCUACUUGUUAAAGGGGCAGUAUUACUUUGUGGGAACCAUUUCAACUCCUUUCCUAAAAUUCAGUGUGAUCACCGUGAUAAUGGCCACACUAGUUCUGCAGAAUUACUUUCUGAAAUUUCAAAUAUUUCAUACUCAUUCAGAGUUAUAAUGGCAAACAAAAAGCAUUAACACAAACCCCUUUCAGCUCCCCUAACUUAAAUCUGAACAUGUCACAAUUCGUGAAACAGAUAUUUUCCAUCUCUUUGGGUUGUUCCUCGUGCUUAUGGGACUCCUAAUGGCAUUUCAGCCUCUUGCUAAGGCCACUAUAUUUUAAUAUCAAGGUAGAAAAGGGAGGUAAUUCCUAGUCAAUUGUAUUUUUUAGUAUUAGCUUGGUUAUUGAGUCUUCUAUUCAGAUCUGCUUCUGUAAAUUAUGCUGAAAAGUUUGCCUUGAAAACUCUAUUUUUUUAUUAGAGUUAUAUUUGAAGCUUUUCAUGCGAAAAGUUAAUGUGAAUAGAAAGGAAUUUUGGUCGCUCAGUGACCCAUGUUGUUAAUUCAUUAGUGCUUUCUAAGUUCACAGAGCAAAUUAGGAGAAUGCAUUUCCCACCAUUAUUUACUGCAUUAUGGGUAGUAACUAUAUACCAGUACCAAACUUCUCUAAAUACUGUAACACAACCAGUAAAAUUAACCACAUACAUGCAAAGGGUAUAUUAUAUAUAUAUAAAUCAGGAAUCAAGUCCAUUCACCAAAUUUCAAAUUGAUGUUUACUAUAUUUUUGUGACAGAAUACGAAGAACCUGUAGUGGGUAAAUUACAUACCAUUAGCAUAUUAUUUAAUGUGUUUAUCAUUGGAUCUUUUGCAUGCUUUAAUCUGGUUAAUAUAUUUAAAUUUGCUUUUUUUCCCCUCUCUGAAGAAGGCUCUGUUUAUAGUAUUUUCUGACACUGUUGUAAAGUUCAACUAUAUCAAUAAAAAACAAGUUUGGACAGUA